GUUUGGUUGCUCAUGUCAUGCAUUAUAUGAGUGAGUGAAAGACUGCCCUUUCAUUUUCAUUUUUUCAUAAGGGAAUAAUACUAGUACUACUCAUUACUCACAUUCACCAACCAACCAUGGCUUCUUCUUCAACCAGGAUCUCCAGGCUUCUCUCUCGCUCCUCCGCCUCUCUCUUUUCGCGAGGUGGGAAGGGUUACCUUGGUGCAGGAUUCAGCAGAUAUAGCACUGCCACUGCCCUUGAAGAAGAACCAAUUAAACCAGCAGUGCAAGUAGAACACACCCAACUCCUGAUUGGUGGGAAAUUCGUUGAUGCUCUUUCUGGUAAAACUUUUCCAACCUUGGAUCCAAGAACAGGGGAAGUGAUUGCUCAUGUUGCUGAGGGUCACUCUGAAGAUGUUGAUAGAGCAGUUGCAGCCGCAAGAAAGGCAUUUGAUCAAGGGCCAUGGCCUAAGAUGACAGCCUAUGAAAGGCAAAGGAUAUUGUUGCGAGCUGCCGAUCUGCUUGAGAAGCACAAUGAUGAGCUUGCAGCACUUGAGACCUGGGAUAAUGGGAAGCCAUAUGAACAAUCUGCUCAGAUUGAAAUCCCAAUGCUUGUUCGCCUUUUCCGGUACUAUGCUGGUUGGGCAGAUAAGAUCCAUGGUAUGACCGUUCCGGCUGAUGGGCAAUAUCAUGUGCAAACAUUGCACGAACCGAUCGGUGUUGCUGGUCAGAUCAUUCCCUGGAAUUUCCCUCUCCUCAUGUUUGCUUGGAAGGUUGGACCGGCAUUGGCCUGUGGCAAUACAAUUGUUCUCAAAACCGCUGAGCAGACACCAUUGUCUGCUUUGUACGCAGCAAAACUAUUUCAUGAGGCUGGACUUCCUGAAGGUGUUUUGAAUAUGGUAUCAGGCUUUGGUCCCACUGCUGGCGCUGCUCUUGCAAGUCACAUGGAUGUGGAUAAGCUUGCCUUUACUGGUUCUACUGAUACCGGGAAAGUUGUCCUUGAGCUAGCGGCUAGAAGCAAUCUUAAGCCAGUAACUUUGGAGCUUGGUGGAAAAUCUCCUUUUAUUGUAUGUGAGGAUGCCGAUGUAGAUCAGGCGGUUGAGCUAGCACACUUUGCCUUAUUCUUUAAUCAGGGACAAUGUUGCUGUGCUGGGUCUAGGACAUAUGUACAUGAACGUGUAUAUGACGAGUUUGUAGAGAAAGCAAAGGCUCGUGCUUUGAAACGUAUUGUUGGUGAUCCAUUCAAGAGUGGAAUAGAGCAAGGUCCUCAGAUUGAUUCUGAACAAUUUGAGAAGAUACUGAAGUAUAUCAGAUCCGGCGUUCAAAGUGGAGCUACACUAGAAACCGGAGGAGAUAGACUUGGCAGCAAGGGCUUCUAUGUUCAGCCUACCGUCUUCUCAAAUGUUGAGGAUGGCAUGCUGAUUGCAAAGGAAGAAAUAUUUGGCCCGGUGCAAUCCAUACUAAAAUUCAAGGACCUCGAUGAGGUUAUUGAAAGAGCGAACAACACGCGGUAUGGACUGGCGGCAGGGGUGUUCACGAAGAACAUAGACACGGCGAACACGCUGACGAGAGCGUUGAGAGUUGGAACAGUUUGGGUGAACUGCUUUGACACAUUUGAUGCAGCAAUUCCAUUUGGUGGUUACAAGAUGAGUGGGCAGGGAAGGGAAAAGGGAGAGUACAGCCUCAAGAAUUACUUGCAAGUCAAGGCAGUUGUUACCCCUUUGAAGAACCCUGCAUGGCUUUAGGCAUUUGUCAUUACUAUUUACUAUUAUACAUCAAUAAAUAGGAGGAACUCCAAUCAUGAUGAUAAUGAAAAUUUUCUUGUGUUUUUUUGCUUUGUACACAUGUGACAUUGUUUGUUUAUGAUUUGUAAGUUGUCACUGCUCUCUAGUCUUCUAUCUCUAUCCUUUCUCCCUAGAAUUCUUCCACAAUGUAAUAAAAAAGAGAGAUAUUUUCAGUUGUUGCCUUGA